CCCAACGGAGAUACUUUUCGGUUAGUCUUAAAUAGUUGAUCGUAGGUAACGCACCUGUAAAUUUAAACGGAAUAUUACAGCAACGUCGGUAGUUAGUUGUUGGAUCUCCUCAGGCAAUUUAUGUACGCUACUCAUAUUGUUAUUGGUGUUGUUGUUUUUGUGAUAUUAUCAAUACCUUUGCUACACACAUGUCAAGCCAUGGUGUUGGUAAAUGGAAGAAGAAAAAAAUAAAAAAAAUUUAACCAGGUGUAUGUGUGUGUAAACGCACCAACACACAUACACUCCUCGCAACGACGAUAAAAGUGGAUAAGAUUAAUGAAAUCUGAAAACGAGAAGAAGAAGAAGAAAGAGGAGGAGAAGGAAGAAAAAAAGAUUAUAUUAACAGAAAAAUGUGAUGAAGAAGAAGAUUGAGUUUCAAAAAAAAAAUUAAAUAAGUUAUAACAAUAAGCCAAAUGAAGCAAGAAGAAGAAAAAAUAAGUAUGUGAAGUGAAUGAGAAUUAGAAAGAAUAGCUAGUGAAAAAUAAAUCUUAAAAUCUUUGAAGAAUCUGAGAAUAAAUAUCUCAUACAAAAAAUUGAAAAAAAAGUGUUGAAACAACCCACAAAAUUGGAGGGGAGUAAAGAAAGUACAAAAAACAAAAUAUUUAUUUCAAAUGUGAAUUGGAUUUAAACGAAAACGAGAUCGUUCCAGCACUUGGCCUCCAUCGUUGAAAACCCACCGUUUCUGAUUUUUUUAAGAAAAAAUAAAAAGAGAAUUCCCCCCAUACCAAUGAUCUCGGAAAAUUGUUAUCUCCAAUAACGAAGACAUCUUCUAAGCAACAACGGCCAGGAGAGGAAUACACAAAACAAACGAAGAGAGAAAAGAAGGAAAAAAAUUAACUAAAAAAAAUCCACAGGCUAGAGACGGCGGCAGCAGUUUCAGAGUUGGAUAAUCAGCCAACCACCCACCCACCAAGGUUGUCAGCAAUGUGACACAAAAUUAUGUCAAGAAUAGAAGACAAAUUUCCUCUCAACAAUUCGACAAUAUACUCAAAAUACUAUCAAGCAAUUACUGAAUCACGGAACUCCCCGGAUCUCUAAAGAAAAUAACCUCAAAUAAAACAACAAAGAAGUUCCUGUGCCCACAUAACAACAUGUCCAACACGAAUCCCUCCAAUUCGGCCUUUGUGCCGGUUCUGCCCUCACAUCGUAACCCCUUGAGGGCCCCUGGAUCCCUCUAUGGCAGCAUGAUGGAUGGCGAUCCCAGUAAAGAUCCCAAACGUGGAUCAAAUUUUGAAAUUAUGGCCAUGAUGGCCGAUAAACGUAAGGAGUUAGCUUUAAGAGAGGCUGCUGUGGCGGCGGCCAUGCUGAUGCCACGCCCAGGGCAGGGGCCACCACCGGGGGUACCGGGCUCUGUGAUGUAUCCUCCACCAUAUCUGGCUGGUCCAGGACCAUCUCCAACGGGAGCGGGUAGUUUUACAUUUCCCUCGGGCGCGGCUGCCCUUUUUCCACCCGGUCUACCACCCUCCAUGCAUGCGGGACUGGAUCGACGUCUGCUAAGGGCCCCUGGUAGGGCUUCACGGCCCAAAAAACAAUUCAUUUGUAAAUUUUGUAAUCGUCAAUUUACCAAGUCCUAUAAUCUGCUGAUACACGAACGCACCCACACCGAUGAGCGACCCUAUUCGUGUGAUAUUUGCGGCAAGGCUUUCCGGAGACAGGAUCACUUGAGGGAUCAUAGAUACAUACACUCCAAGGAGAAACCCUUCAAAUGCACCGAAUGCGGCAAGGGCUUCUGCCAGUCCCGUACCCUGGCCGUACACAAGAUACUGCACAUGGAAGAAUCACCACACAAGUGCCCCGUGUGUAGCCGCAGCUUUAAUCAACGUUCCAAUCUGAAGACCCAUUUGCUAACCCACACCGACCACAAGCCCUAUGAAUGUAAUUCCUGUGGCAAAGUGUUCCGGCGCAACUGUGAUUUGCGUCGCCAUACCCUGACCCAUGCUGUGGGUGAUGUGCCGGGAGAAUAUGUCGAUGUCGUGGAAGAAGAAGAUGACAAUGGCCGUAAUUUAAGUGGAGACGAAGAAGAUUCUCUGCUGGAGGUGGACUCACCACGUAACUCCCCCAUCCAACGCCAUGGUUCUCCAACUCAUGAUUUGGAUCAGGAACACGAUGACGAAGAUGAACUGGAGGGUGAUCAACGUAUCUCCAUGGCGGAACGUCUGUCCCUGAAGCGUAAGGCCCAAUUUGAUCGUGAGGCCUUGGAGGAUGAUUCCGAAGAUGAAUUGGGCGAGGAGAAUGAAGAUGAAGACGAGGAAAUCGCUGAAAAGGAUCCCAAGGCCAAUGUCAAACAGGAAAUCAUGGAAAAGGCCCAACGUAAGCCGGAAGACACUGUCGAUGGCCACACUCAAUAUCAGGGUGUUACCCACUGCCAUCAUGAGGGUGGCACCCAAUACACCAUGCGACCCAGUCAUGAGCUGCAACGUAAUGGCGAAGAACCGGGUGGUCUCAGUAAUCCCCAUGGCCUUAAUCCACCACCUGAUUAUCUAAUGGCCAGCACUUCGGCAGGUAUUUCCAGUUAUAUGGCCGGCCCAGGGCUGCCAGGACAUGAGGGUAAUGACCCAUAUAUGCCAUUACUGCAUGUGCGACGAGAUCUCCAUAGCACUAAGCCAAACAUGAUGGCUGGACCCACCGAUUUGAAAGUGCAAAUACAACCCAAUGGCAUACCACCGGGAGUUCUGAUGGACAAUAACGGCAAAAAUCAAGGACCGCCACCAACACAGCAACAGCCACCACAAACCCAAGUCCCACCGUCGUCAGCCCAACCACCCAGCGCCCCUCUACAUUCGCCCCACGAGGCAGUGCCAUCAUUUUUGGGUUCCAUACCCAUACGCAAACGGGCCCUGGGUAUGGAGUUUGAACACAUGCAUGCCCAUGCCGCCUUAGGGCAAAGACCACCACCGCCCCCACCAUUUGCCACGGCGGGUAAUAUGUAUGCUCUCAACAUGUCACGACCCCAUUUGCAUGCCCUGCAAAGUGCAGCUUUAAAACUAACCACCAACAAUAUACCGCCCACCCAUUUGGGACCACCACCGCCCGGUUUGACGGCAAACAAACCCGGUCCCUAUUUGCCCACCAAUUAUCACAUACAACAAGUUGUCUCCGGGCCCGAAAAAGCCAUGGGACCCAGUUUAGCAGAACCCUAUAUGCAACAUGUCAAUCGUAGCCACCUGUCCAUGGAGAAUAAUUCUCCCACGCCAAGCAGUAAUAAUUCCUCCUCUUCAGCAGUAGCAUCAACAUCCUCGGUGUCCGUGAAUACUUCCUCGUCCUCGAUAUCCUCCCCAGCGGCAGCAGCAGCAGCCACCGCAUCACCAUCCACGUCGUCGGCACACCGAAGUCACCACCACCAGUCAACAUCGGCGGGUCCCUCAAACCAAUCAGCCCCACCGCCGCCGCCACCACCAGCUCCUGUGGUGAAACGUUCAACUGGUUUCAGCAUUGAAGACAUAAUGAGACGAUAAACAACAAAACAUCACUACUUAUAUUUUAUGAUUUAUUUUGAAAUAUUUUUUUAGAAUAAGCGGAAGUAGAAAUCAAUGGAGAAGUUAUAGUUAAGAAAAGUUAGGUUAGGUUUGCUGGUAAGGAAUAAAAAUAAGGUUUAGAUUUUAACAGUUGAACUCCUAUAAACAGCAGAGUCGAGGCAAUUACAUUGAGGGAAAAUCAUUGGGAAAUUAAAACAACAUUGAAAUCAGAAACUUAAAAUUAUUUCAAAAUAGGCUUCGGAACUCAAAAAAUAUUUAUCAUAGGAUCAGAAAUUAUUUCAGGGGACCAAGAUAUUCAAAUACUAUCUGUUUAUCCAUUCUUUGCUAGAUAUAUUUCGAUGUGAUGAUCGGUACAGUUACAUUAUUCUGGAAUGAAUUAGUUCAAAGGACAUAUUCUGUGAGAGGAUCAACUGGAACUAUGGUCAGCUUUCUGUUCCCUUUAUUCAUCAAGUUCCUUUGGUUCACCUAGUUUUUUGGCCUCAUUCCAUCCUGCUUGGCCAUAAAUAUUUCUCUUUGCGACAUAAACUUUUCUUAGUGCUCAACGGGCAACCCGGGUUUCAAUUCGAACCUCCCGACAUUAGUAGCUAAAAUCGCCAUAUACUGCCGGAAAUUACAGUCAAUUAUUUCACAGACCUUAGCAAAGGCAAUUACCAUUGUGAAUCGUUAUCUAAAUCUAGAUGGCACCUCACACGAACGUCUAGAUGUGAUUUAAUUAUAGAUAGGAGAAAUUCAUUCCCAUCUUUAACAAAAUGGACCAUUAUUUCCAAUAGGUAUAUAGUGUGUCCUUGGAGUUCCGAAUUUAAUACUUUUCAGGAAUUGAAGUCUUUAUAAAAUCCUAUUCCACCCCUUUUAAUCAUCCAUACAGGAAAAAAUUAUAUUGCGGACGAUAGCAAAGACACUCCUAAUAAGUGUUUUUUAAUUCAAGAAUAGAUGGCGCCCAACGUUACUAGUAUAAAAAACAUUUCUCAACAAGUCUUUGAUUUGGUUCCGUUCUAUAAUUUUCGCAUUUAUGUUCCAUAACGAUACAUUUUUAUAUCAAGAUUCCGGUUAUCUAUGAACCAUAGCGGAGGCACUUACCACUGUAAAUCCUCAGUUGUGAUUUUUCUUAAUUAUUUCCUAGGAAGAUU